AUGCCUUUUAGUCUCUUUAAAACUGUCAGCAUAGCUGGUCGGCUUCCAAGGUUCAAGAGCUUUCCGGCCAUAACUUUAAAUAGAAGAGACCCAAAUGGCCCCCAAAUGGAAUUCGGUGCGGCCGAAACCACGACGACUGGGUGGAAAACAAGAAACGGGCAUCAUUAA